AUGUCGCUAGACAAGUCCUCUUCUAGUACAGGUGCCGAUGCGACUAAUGACUCUCUUCCGUUGUCGCCAGUGCUCGAAUCUCAUGAAGAAGAAAGCCGGAUGGAAGAUGAAGAACAAUUUGCUGAUGCGUUAGAAGACCACACAAUGGCAGACGACAUCGAGGAAAAGAAUGAGGAAUCCAAGAGAGACUCCAAGAGAGACUCGAAGAUUGAGGAUGAUUUCCCAACCACCGUUUCCAACGUCGAAGUGAAAAAAGAGGAACCAGACAUGGGAGACAAAGCAGUGAGCGCUGAGGACUCGCAAACUGCGAAUCAGUUAGUUACUGCCCCCAAGGACGAGACGCCUCCGGCACAGGCGCCACCAGCUGAGGAUUUGGAUCGAAUGACCAGACCUGAACCUCUAAGUACAUCGGUGUUACUAUUGGUGAUAGUCGGGCUGUGUCUCGCGGUAUUGCUUGUUUCCCUGGACAGAACAAUUAUCACCACAGCAAUUCCAGCUAUCACAAACGAAUUCAAAUCCACUUCGGCAGUCGGCUGGUAUGGUUCAUCAUAUCUCGUCACUGCAUGCGCGCUGCAACCCACAUACGGACGAAUUUAUACACUGUUCAAUGUAAAAUGGACGUUCCUUCAAUCAGUGGCCCUUUUUGAGGUCGGAAGUUUGAUCUGUGCUCUCGCUCCCAAUUCAACAACCCUGAUUAUUGGGAGAGCUAUUGCAGGCUGGGGUAGUGCUGGAAUUCUCACCGGUGCAUUCGUCGUAAUAGCAUUUGCCGUCCCGCUGGAAAAGCGGCCACUAUACACCGCCGCAAUCGGGAUGAUGUAUGGUGCAGGAGCUGCUGCUGGCCCUGUUCUCGGCGGUGUUUUUGCCGGUAUGGUUAGCUGGCGGUGGUGCUUCUACUUUAACCUUCCUGUAGGAAGUGUCACCCUAAUUGUGAUUGCCUUCUUUUUCAAACGAGGAAAUGUACCCUCCCAUAGAAAGGCAUUCCUCCAACGGAUCAGGCAGGUCGACGUUGUCGGCAGUGCUCUGGUUCUCAUGUCAUUCACUAUGCUCUUCCUAGCGCUUGAGUACAACACAGAUGGAUACGCUUGGUCUAGCUCUCUUAUUAUCGGUCUUUUCUGUGGCUUUGGCGUGACUUUUAUCCUUUUCAUUGGCUGGCAAUGGCACCGUCAAGAACGGGCUCUUAUAGUGCCAGAAAUUCUCAUGCGAAGAACUGUUGCUGCGGCCUGUGUUCUCGCAUUUUUCAUAUAUGCUGUCCUCAUUCUACACGGCUACUACCUUCCGAUCUGGUUCCAGGCCAUUCAAGGGACAUCCACGGAAAGCUCUGGUGUCAACAUGCUCGCCUACGUGCUUCCAAACGCGGUUUUCAGUUUGCUAACCGGUGUGUUCAUCACCAAAGUCGGUUACUUCACCCCUCCAGCAAUUGUCGGCUGCGCUAUUACAGUGGCUGGUGCCGGCCUCAUCAGUACUCUUCAGCCCACUACCGACACUGCCAAAUGGGCUGGUUUUGUUUGUUUUGUCGCUGCAGGUAUGGGCAUGGCAAUUCAGCAGAGUUUCACUGCAGUCCAAAGCGUGCUUCGGUUUGAUCAAAUCCCUAUUGCCACUGCAGCAGUUACAUGUUUCCAAAGUCUCGGUGGAGCAGUCUUCAUUUCCAUUGGCAAUAGUAUUCUUGUCAACGAGCUUCGUUCUGCUAGUGAAGCCAACCAACUACCGGGUGUCGACAUUGGAGCUGUCUUGUCUGCUGGCGCAACGCAGUUUCGAUCCACAGUUCCUAAAGACUCUCUUCCGGUCAUGAUAAUCGUAUACAACACGGCUUUACAAAAAGUUUUUCUAGUAGCUAUUCCACUCGCUGGCAUCGCGUUCAUUUCGACCCUUUUCAUGGAAUGGCGCAGUGUGAGGGUGCCAUCUCGUGCCAACUCAGCCACGGCUCCUAGUGAAGCGAAGAGCCUCCCCGUGCUUCCAGAUGUUGAGGUCGAAACGAGGAUAUCGCCCAUCUCGACAAGGAUUUUCAGUCCGAGUAGCCGUGGGAGCAGUCGAGGAGUUAGUCGAUAA